UUUCUCCCUCACACGUUAAUACUAAGGUAUAGUCAAAUCUCGUAAAAGAAUUCUCCCGUGCCUCAAAACAAAUAUGGCCGAAGAGGAAUACUUGCUACACGCAAGUGUUUUUAAAAACGAUUUUCCUCGUGUCGUGGAGCUUUUAAAAACACAUGAUGUUGCUCAACGUGAUAAACACGGCAAUACACCAUUGCAUCUUGCUGUCAUUCUUGGACACAAAGAAUGUAUCAAGCUUCUCUUAGAUCAUGGCUCUCCAAUCCGAAUAAAAAAUUGUUUAGGCUGGACACCUUUGGCAGAAGCUGUGAGCUAUGGUAACCGAAAAACAAUUAAAACUUUACUUCAUACACUCAAGCAGCAAUCUCGAAAUUCACUGGAGGAAAAAUGGGCCCUACAUAUUCAAGCACUGCGAAAUUUAGGAGACUUUUAUUUGGAAUUGCAUUGGGACUUUCAUAGUUGGGUGCCAUUGGUGUCAAGAAUUCUACCAUCAGAUAUCUGUCAAAUUCGUAAAAAGGGUGCCUAUAUAAGAUUGGAUACUACUUUAGUUGAUUUUAAUGGUAUGAAUUGGGAGCGUGGUGACAUCACAUUUUUGUUUAAUGGGAAUCAACAUUUGUCAAAACCACUUCUAGUCAUGGAUAACAAAGCCAAAAGCUUCCAGUGGAUACGCAAUGAGGAAACAGAUACUGAUCUUGAAGAUGAAGUGGACCUCCUUAUGAGCAAUGACAUUGUUGUCACUCAGAUGUCAACUAAAAAUAUUACUUUCCAUCGCAUGAAAAGUGGUUGGUUAUUCAAAGAAGACAAAACAGAAUUAGUAGGGUCUUUUGCUGCUGAUUACUAUAGUAUAUGUGGACUAAUUUUAGAAUCUAGGAAAAGACGAGAACAUUUAACUUUAGAAGAUUUACAGAGAAAUAAAGCUCUUCAUGAAAAUUUCUGCAAAGGAGCGAUCAUGGAUGAUAUAGGACAGACUGGAAAGCAACCAGAAAGGCGUUGUUCUUUGGCUCCACCGCCAAAGCCAUGUGUAAAAUGGGGAGAAUACAUACAUUCCUUUCCUGGCAAAUUUCCUUGUUUAGGACGUACUCCGAUAUCAAAAGAAAAUAGUAAAACCUACAAAGCAACUGUUGCUAUGAGUGAAGAUUUUCCAAUGGCAGUUGAAGCGUUAUUGGAUGUACUUGAAGUUAUUGCUCCUUUUAAACAAUUUCAAAAGUUGAGGGAGUUUAUGAUGACCAAAUUACCGGAUGGUUUUCCCGUAAAACUUGAGUUGCCUGUUUUCCCCACAGUCACAGCAACAGUCACUUUUACUAAAUUUGAGUGGGUUGACGACCUUGAUGAUAGCUUGUUUGCAGUACCAAAUGAUUAUCAUGAAGAUCCACAACGUUUUCCUGACCUAUGAUCUUAACAAUAUAAUCAUAUGAUUUUUAUACUCUCAUCUCUAAGUCUAUAUUCAAUGCAACCUAAAAAUACUUUAUAUACUUUUAAAAAGAUAUGAAAGAGUGGCAUAAAAUGAAAGUUCAGAACUAAAAUGUGAAAGCUGACAUCUUCCUAUGAAUAUUUGAUAUUAUUUACAAAUGAAGUCUGUUAUUGCAUAGUACUUCUAUACUUCAGAUCUUUUAAUGGAAAUAUCUAACAAAGAGUUAUCUAGACAAUUAACAAUUUUAAAGUAAUAUAUUACUGCAUUAUUUUCUUUUUGUAAUUUAUUAAAAAUUUAUCAGAAAAAGUAACUUAUAUAUUUUACUAGAGUUUGUACAGUAUUUCCAUUUACAUUCAUUUGUAUCUUAAAAACGAAGAUAGUAGCUUUAAUUGGUUUCAUAGUCAGAAAGUAUUUAUAUGAACUGUUAGAAGCUGACAUUUGUUAGAAACAAUUUAUAUUUCAUGAUGACCAAGCUGGCUUGGUUAUUUGGAUAUAGAUAUGUUUUGAUUUCAUUAUUUACAUCUCAGUGUUGUAGGUUGGAGAUUAUUAGAUAAUCUCCUAAAACUAUCUGAUAUUUACUUCAUCAUUGGGAUUCUGCAAAAGGUUUUCUAUUUAAUUUAAUGGUUAGACUGGAGUAAUUUGAAACUUUUAUACACCAAAUACUGCUAAAUGAUUUGAUAUACAUUGAAAAUCUUUUUUCAAAAAAAAAAUUUGUUUCAACUUUCUAUUUUUCAUUCUGUUAUUAUUUGUAUUAAUGAUUUCAGAAGCAAAAUAAACAAAACACACACACACACAUACACACAAAUGCAUAUCUAUCUUUCACACACAUGCUACGUAUGUCACCUGGGUGCAUGUAUCCUGGCACACAUCCAUCAAACUCUUUACAUAUUAUACAGUGACUGAGUAUAUGUAAUGUUUUUUCCUAUAUUUUGUUUAGGUGUUUCCUAUGAAGCAGAAUGAAAGCCACGCAAACAACUGAUCUCUUUCAAAUAAUUUAGACAAUGUCAUAUUUGUAUGCAUGUAUUAAAGCAUGCUUAUGUGUUCAUCAUAUCAGAAUGGUGCAUGUAUGCUGUUAUACUGAUUGAUAUUUCCUAAAUUGUUUCCUGAAACAGAAUAUUCAUAGUUCAAUCUGUUACAGGGAACAAUAUGAAUCUGUUGUAUUUGCACAUAGUUUUAUUGGAAUGUUUCAUCAAUCCUAUUAAGAGAGUGGAUACAUUUGAUUUCUUUUGUACAUUUAUCCUUUGGUAAAAAAUUUUCUAUGGACAUCAUUAUAUAUCAUUUUUGCAACAUCAUUAGUAGUUGUUUAUUUACAAUGUGGGAGAGCUAAUAUUUUAUAUCACUACAGUGUCAUAACAUAUUUGCAUUUCUUUUAUCAACCAAGAAUUUGUUAGCUAUACUUUGUAGUUUGAUGAAAAGGUGUUAUGUUUUAGCUCAAGGAGGCACUACAUAUCCAGUACUGUUUUCGGUUUGUAAUUGAGUAAAUAAUGUAGCCACUAAAAAUUUAGUGACAAAAUAAUUGCAAAGAUGGUCUUCCAAUAACAUUAAAUAUACAGCUGCAAGGAACUUACAGUACAAAAGCACUGAAUAACAACUAUUUCUGUUGUUUAAAUUCCACAACACAUUUCAGAUACAAUUGUUUUGUUUAUAAGAAAUUUAUCAAUGCAGCUCCCAAAUCUUUUUCUGCUCACAUUCCCAUUUAUCUUGCAUGUAACAGUGUAUCAUCUAAUUGUGUUUGUCCUUGUAUGCCUAUAUUUUUGCUCUUCAUUGUGGUUAUUAGAGAACCUCACAUACAUAGAUUAUCACUACAGAAAUCCUGAUGUCAAAACUAAAAGAUUUAUUUACUAUAGGGCUUGUGCUUAUCUGUGUUUAAGUUGAAUGUGACACGAAAGAAAUUGUGGAUAUAAUUAUUUUAAGCUUGAAGUUGCUGAUUAAGUCUCUAAUGCUGAAGCGAUUGUUUACAGAGAAGUCAUCUCCACAGAAUAAAUGUCUGGAUAUGAGUAAGCAUAUUGGAAUGACAGAGAGUAAAUUCAUUUACUUUAAUUACACUCCUUCAAAAUAUA